GCCGCUAAACAAAAAGUGAAAAGAAAAGAGUGAACCGCACCGCACAUCAAAAAAAGAAAAGAAAAAGUGUUUGAACCACAGCCAAAAACGUACACAAGUGCAGUGUUUGAACCCAAAGCUUAAGACGUUCAAAGCGUACCGCAAAAGCGUCCACAAAAAACUGAACCACAAAAUGUUGCUGUGAAAACUGUCGAAGCAACCAAGCAAACAAACAAACAGCCAACACACAUCACACACACGAGUGAAAUAGACAAGAGACAAGUGACAAGUCUGUCGUCUGUCCCAUGUAUUUGUUGAUGCCAUGCAAUUGAUUCUUGACAAAAUUCCCAUGUAUUCCAAACAAACAACGAAGCGCAAUUCCAAAAAGUAAGUUUUAACCUACUCCCAAAAACAGAAGAGAGGGAAAGAAAGAAAGAGAGAGAGAGAAAAGACAAUUGAUAAGAGUGUAAGAGGGAGAGAGAGCGAGAGGGAAAGACUCUGCGAAGAGAGGGAGCAAAACAGAGAGUGUGAAAAGUGCAAGCAAACAAACACCGAACGAAGCAAAAAGGCAAAAGCGAAAAGAGAGAACCCAUCCAUCCAUCCACUGAACUGAUAACAGAAGCAACAAGAGAUAGCACCUGUCGUCUCCUGCAAGAAUCGAGCAUCGAACAACCUAAGCAGCCAAAGCAACCACAAUCGAACCGCACGCACCAUCCAGAACCCAGAAACAACCGAACGAACAGCCAUCAUAAAACCCAAAAGAAAAAGAAAACUUAGGAAAAAUGAUGAAAUGAACCAGCAGGCGGGCUCCUCAAGGGCGCCAGCCACAGGGGGCCAAAUCUCACCGCCUGGUGGCAGUAGCACAAACAACAACAGUCUCGAUCAACAGCAGCAGCAGCAGCAGCAUCAUCCGCAACACCAGCAACAACAUCCGCAGCACCAGCAGCAGCAGCAAUACUACAGCCAACAGCAGCAGCAGCAGCAUCAAUACCAGCAGCAACAACGCGAAAGUUUUCUGGCCUACCAGCAGCAGCAGCAGCAGCAGCAGCAGCAGCAGCAACAGCAGCAACAACAGCAGCAGCAUCACCAGCAGCAGCAGAGAUCCGCAGGAUUAGGUGUUGGAGGGGGUGUGGCUGGUGGCAACUUUAUGCUCGGCAAUGAGCUCAUUGGAGGCGACAGCCUGCGCAGCCUGAACAACACUUUUGGACCCAAUUCGGAGUUUACUUCGCUCACGAGCGGAGGCACCAGUGGCGGAAGCGGCGGAGGCUCCACUGCCUCUCUGGGUGGCCUGAGCACCUCGACAGGCCAGAGCGGACAACAGGGUUAUCCUGCUGCCAUGGUGGCAGCGAAUCAGCAGCAGCAACACCAACAGCAACAGCAGCAACAGCAGCAGCAGCAGCAACAGCACAUGUCCGGCAUGGAUGCCAUGGGUGGUUACAGUCAGAUGAGCGGCGGCAUGCACCCGGGCGCCAAUGGGGGCAUGAUGUCCAAUGCCCAGUACAUGAAUGGCGGAGGAGCCAAUGGGCAGGCGGGCGGCUACAAUGGCAGCCAGGGAAUGGGCAUGGGCUAUGGCAACGGUGGAGGCGGCAUUGGACCACAGAGGCAUCAUCAAAUGACGCCCAUGAAUCAAAUGCAAUCCAUGUCCAUGGUGGGCCAAUGCCCUGGAGGUAAUGGCGGUGGCUUAGGGAUGAGUCCCAUGCAGCAGCAGGCGGCUCAGCAGAUGGGCGGAGGCAUGAAUCCCAUGGCCAAGAUGCAGGGCAUGGCCAAUGGCGGUUAUCCGCAGCAGGCGCCGCCGCCACAGCAGCAGCGUCGCAUGGCGCCGUAUCCCCAUCCGCAGAUGCACAUGGCCCAGAAGCGAGCGGGCGCCGGAGCAGGCGUUGGCGGUGUGGGCGGCGUGUAUCCCAAUCUUGUGCAGCAGCAGCAGCCGCCGCAGAUGUACGGCGGCCAGCAGAUGCAUCCCGGAGCAGGGGGUGUGCCGCUGCCGAUGCAGGCGGCAGGAGCAGGGAAUGGCUAUGGACGCGGAGGUCCAAUGGUUGCCGGCAGCGGUGGCUACGGCCGCAUGUCCGCUGCCAAUGGAAUGGGCCCGAAUGGUGGACCCGUCAUGGGACCCAUGGGUCCUGGUGGCAUGGCUGGCGCUGGCAUGGGACCCGGUCCCGGCUGCAUGAGCCAGCAGCAACGUUUCAUGCCACAGGCUGGCGGUGGUGUGCCCGGCGUUGGGUACGGAGGAGCUGGCGGCCCGGGUGGAGCAUUCUAUCCCGGAGCUGGUGGCGGCAAUGGCGGAGGAAUGCCACAAGGGGGCGGCGGCAGCAUGUGCCCGGCGGGACCGGGUGUGGCCACAACAGGCAAUCCCUACCAGAAUCAAGGUUUCCAGCAAAACUAUCAGCACAGUCCAGUUCCUGGCAACCCAACGCCACCGCUGACGCCCGCCUGCAGUGUCCCAUAUGUGAGCCCCAAUCCGGACAUAAAGCCACCAAUGGAUAACAGUGAAGAAAUGAGACUGACAUUCCCGGUACGCGAUGGCAUCAUUUUGGCACCGUUCCGCCUGCUGCACAAUCUGUCUGUGAGCAAUCACGUGUUCCAUCUAAAGCAGAAUGUCUACAAUACGCUGAUGUGCCGCACCGAUUUGGAGCUGCAGUUAAAGUGCUUCCAUCAGGAUGAUCGACAGAUGAACACCAAUUGGCCGCACACCGUCACCGUCUCCGCCAAUGCCACGCCUCUGAAUAUCGAGCGUUCAGAGAAGAAUAGCACGGCAUUGCGUCCGCUCUACUUGAAGGCUGUGUGCCAGCCAGGACGCAAUACCCUACAGCUGACGGCCAGUUCCUGUUGUUGUUCACAUUUGUUUGUGCUGCAACUAGUCCAUCGACCAUCUGUGCGCCAAGUGCUGCAGACGUUGCACAAACGCAACCUGCUGCCGCUGGAGCACAGCGUGCAGAAGAUCAAGCGAAAUUUGGGCCUGCCACCCGAUGGCCAGGCGGUGGGCAAUGGCGCGGAUGUGUCGCCAUCGCAGCAGUGCACCAAGAUCUCAUUGAAGUGCCCCAUAACCAAGUCUCGAAUACGCCUGCCUGCCAGGGGGCACGAGUGCAAGCACGUGCAAUGCUUCGAUCUGGAGGCCUAUCUGAUGAUCAACAGCGAGCGGGGCUCCUGGCGCUGUCCGGAGUGCAGCAAGUCGGCCAUCACCGACACCCUGGAGAUCGAUCAGUACAUCUGGGCCAUUCUCAACACGCUGAGCAACUCGGAUGUGGAUGAGGUGAUCAUUGACUCGUCUGCCAACUGGAGGGCUCUGCAGCACAACGGCGGCAUGCCCAACGCCCCGGCAGUGGGUGGUUCUGCUGCCAGUGGAGGAGGAGCAUCUACGCCCUCGAAUGUUCCUACUAGCAAUCCCAUCAGCAGCAAUGGUCCCAGUGUGAUGCCAGCCAUCAAGCAGGAACUGAUGCCUGUCGUCAAGCAGGAACUCUGCGAUGACAUGGCCAAGGUGAUGUCCCCGGGCUCCACACAGCUGCCCACGUGGGACAAUUCACAGGCGAUGAGUCCGUACAAUAUGCACGACAUGAACUCCAUUGCCAGUGGGAAUAUGAUGGGCAAUCAGCAUGGCAAUCGCGGCAGCUAUGACAACUUUAGUGGCAACCACAGCGAUGGCAGCGGCGGUCUGUCCAAUGGCGAUGGCGGUGUCAACUCUUUGGAUCAACUAAAUGCCAUGGAAAAGUCUCUGAGCGAUCAGAUGCCCCAUACACCGCACACGCCUGGUGCGGCCAGCCAUCCGAUGACACCGGGUGGACCUCCAAGUGUUAGCUCCUCCCACAAUGAGCCCAUCAGUGGGGGCACACCAAAUGCCAGCAGCAGCAACAACAACAACAGCAGCAGCACGGGCCACAACUCGCCACAGACACCGGGUACGCCCAGUCGCAUGGGUGGCGGCAUGGGUAGUGCAGAGAACCAGCAGCAGCAGCAGCAGGAGCAGCUCCUCAACAGCCUGAUGAACAGCCAGACGCAGCUGAAGUUCACGGAGACGGAUCUGAGUGCCGAACUGCAGAGUUUUGAUGCGGCAACGGCAGGCAUCAAUGACACGGCGCAUGAUCUGAAUCUACUGCAAGAUGUGGAUCCCAUGGAGAUUCUCUCGUACCUGGAUCCCCAGCCAGACCUCAAUACGCCUCCUUCCAGUGGCAGCAGCAACAAUAAUGCCAGCGACGACUUGCUGGCCACAUUGUUCGACUAAGGGGAGCCUGAUCCUCCAGCACGGGA